AUUGGGACGUAUGAAGACGUCAACUUCUCACCAAUUACCGUUACCAGAGAAUGCUGAUUACCACUAACAGACUAACGAAGGUUGUUACUGCUUUUAAAAAUGCGGUGCUAAAUCGACAGUCAGCCAGGGUUUUUACCCAGAAUCUCGAGGGUUUACCUGGAGAACCGAAAGGACCUACAGUACUUACGAGUAAGAUACCUGGACCAAAGUCUUUGAAACUUCUUGACGACCUUUCUAAAAUACAGCACACUGGCACAGUCCAGCUGUUUGGAGAUUAUGAGUCAUCAGUGGGCAACUACUUGGUUGACGUGGAUGGUAACGUUCUGUUGGACAUCUACCAACAAAUAUCUUCUCUCCCCCUCGGCUACAGCCACCCGGAUGUGCUGCGGGUCUUCUCUGAUCCCGGGAACGUGAAAACCUUGGUAAACAGAUCCUCGCUGGGAAUUUUCCCAGGAGCAGAAUGGCCAAAACUUUUGAAGAAUGUGCUACUCAGUGUGGCGCCGCCGGGCAUGCGCCGGGUGACCACGAUGCAGUGCGGGUCCUGCGCCAACGAGCACGCCCUCAAGUUGGUGUUUGGAUGGUUUCAGCACAAGCAACGAGGCGGACACGACAAUUUCUCCCAGGAAGAGAUUGAGAGUUGUUUGAGGAACAGUCCACCAGGGUGUCCUAACUUGUCCAUCCUAUCGUUUAAAGGAGCUUUUCAUGGCAGAACGUUUGGCUCUUUGAUAUGUACAAGCUCUAAAUACAUACAGAAGAUAGACAUACCAUCGGUGGACUGGCCCAAAGCAAGAUUUCCAUCAUACGUUUAUCCACUUGAAGAAAACGAACGGGAGAAUAGAGAAGAGGACGAAUCCUGUCUUGCUGAGGUGGAGGAACUGAUUGAAAAAUACAGAAAAAACGGAAAACCAGUGGCAGGAAUAAUAACAGAACCAAUACAGGCGGAGGGAGGUGAUAACCACGCUUCUCCAGAGUUCUUCCAGAAGUUACAAAAGAUUGCUAAAAAGAACGGAGUGGCAAUACUAAUGGACGAAGUUCAAACUGGGGGUGGAGCCACUGGAAAGUUCUGGUGUCACGAACAUUUUGGCCUCGACUCUCCGCCAGAUCUUGUGACCUUCAGCAAAAAGAUGAUCAUAGGAGGGUUCUACUACACAGAUGAAAUCAUGCCCAAGAUAGGGUUCAGAGUGCUAAACACAUGGAUGGGUGAUUCUGGCAGGAUAUUGUUGUUGGAGGCUGUAGUGAAGGUGAUACAACGAGACAAUCUGUUGAAGCUUGUGGAGGAGUCUGGGAAAGUGAUGAUGCAAGGAUUGAAAGAGUUACAGGACCAAUAUCCAGCAAUUUUGAGCAACCUACGAGGACGAGGUACCUUCAUAUCCAUCGACGCGCCGACUGCAGCUGCAAGGGACGAUCUUAUUAAUCGUCUUAAGAUGAAAGGUAUCCAUAGUGGAGGCUGUGGAGAGAGAGGGAUAAGGUUCCGCCCAGCUCUCACGUUCACACCGUACCACGCCAACAUAGUGUUAGACCGCUACAACCAAGCGCUCAAGGAAAUGAGCGCUUAGGUAGAGAGCUCACUCCCUCUCUCACUACCCGGUCUUUCACUCGUUGGGAAGGUCCUGUAGCUUGGCAUACGCAAAAUGGGAAUUUCUACCAGAAACUAUAAUAACCACACAAAAUCUGAAAAAAAUUACAGUAUGUGUAAAGAAACUCAACGUUGAUUGUUGAAAUCUACACUUUUUACUGUGACACAACUUAUUAUAAUGAUUCCCGCAGGUUACAAAAUUGUAUUUUCAAUACAUUUUUUUGUAACUCUACAUGAAUGUUUAAUCAUACUUAAUUUCAAAUUAUGAACCUCCUAAGUUACAUUGUCCAUUUCAAUCGCAAUAUUGGGACAUGUUUUGUGAAAUAAUUUUCCUAAUGUUAGUUCACAGACCACAGCAUAAUAGAGGUGUUAAGGCUACGGCUUUCCUAACAUCUUAGUAUAAGUUUAUAUCUAUCCUAACCUAGCGCACACAACUAUAAUCACUAGCGCUUUGGAAUUAUAAUCAUAUCUUUACUGCAUUGUUGAAAUAAACUACAUAAAUAAAUUA